AUGCUGGAUAAGAAGAACGCCGCCGCCGCCGCUGCCGCUGCCGCUGCUGCUGCUGCCGUCGCCGCCGGUUCAGGUUCCAUGGUUGACCAGCAACUUUUACCCCAUCCCUCGCUUCCUGCCGUCGCCAUGGAUCGGUCGAACUCUCCGCACGGAUCCGAAAGCUCAUACCAUUCCGCGCCCCGUAGCCAGCCAUUAGAUGCCUUAGGCGCCAUGGGCAGCGGCCGUCCCUACGGUUCCCCCUCAUUAAUGCACACGGCCGUCUCUUUGCCUGACCCUACCACCAUGGGACCUAGUAUGAUGGUCCCUAGCAUGUCGCCGAUUCCUCACGGCCUGCCUGUGUACAACAAGCCUCACGAACAUCCACAGGCGCCACCCAAGGCUUAUGCUUGCAGCACGUGUAGCAAAGCCUUUGCACGGCGAAGCGACUUGGCCCGCCAUGAACGAAUUCAUAGCGGCAUUCGCCCUCAUGUCUGUGACUACGCAGGCUGUGGCAAGCAAUUCAUCCAGCGGUCGGCCCUUACAGUACACCAGCGCGUCCACACGGGCGAGAAGCCGCACAUGUGCGAGAGAUGUGGAAAGCCGUUUAGCGACAGCAGUUCGCUGGCUAGACACCGACGCAUUCACUCAGGAAAGCGUCCUUACCAAUGUCCCUUCCAGAACUGUCUAAAGACGUUCACCCGUCGAACGACGUUGACCCGCCACCUGACCCAACACUCGGGUACUACGGUAGAAGAGGUUGCCGCUGCCACCGCUAGUAUUAUCGCCAAUCAGGCCAACCGGACGACGAGCCGAGCUCGCGCGGUUCAUAGCGACGGUGAGCCGGGAUCGAACCACGGCUCCCCGUUGAACACCCCCUCGCCUGCACAUAGACAAAUGUCUAUGUCGCCUAGCGGUGAUCUCGCCACCGCCAAUGCUAUGCGCAACGAUUAUUCGUAUGUCAACAACGGUUCUCUGCCCGUCCACAUGCGCCCGGAUAUGCACUCGCAAAGCCCCACGUCGGCUCCAGGUUACACACCCGGUAUGCGACCUACGUCCCACCCCACGGCCUACCCCCCGCCGUCGACACUCGAGCCUAGUGUGGAAUCGCACCAGUCCGCGGCUGGCAGUGCUGCUGGAAGCCCGCACAUGAGCAGUAUGGGAUGGCAAUCGCCAGCACACAUCUCCUCGCCGACACACAGCAACGCCGGGAGCAGCUACGUGUAUCCGGACCCCGACCAACCCUUCCUGGGUAGUAACAACCUGGGCCAGCUCUACUAUACUACGGGUAACCAGAUCCGACGGCCGACUAGCACUGAGCCCAGUCCCGCCGCCUACGAUGUCAAGCCACGCCAGAAUGAGCUAUGGGCAGGUCAAUAG